AUGCCACCAACCUACAGCGCAAUGACCGCCCAUCUCCUCGAUGCCCUCAAGGCGUGCGACCCCCUCCUCAUUCUCUGGACCGCCCUCGACAAGCUCCAAACUAAGCUCACCGCCGACCUGGCGAACCUCGAGGACGAAACUAGGCGUGCAUUAUUGUCUACGAUGCUCGCGGGAGUGGCAAAGGCGAAGGAAGCGCAGUGGUUGAAGGUUGAGACGGCGUGGGACAAGGUUGUGAAGGCGAGGGCGGCGUUGGGGGAUAUGGAGAGCGGAUGGGGGAAGAGGAGGGCGCUGCGUCAGCGGAGAGCUGUGGAAGGCGGUGUGGAGGGAGGAAAGGUCGAGGGGAGGUAUCGCAUCGCGAAGGGGUGUUGGGUUGGGGAAGAGAGGAAAAAUGAUCUGUAG